AUGCUGACCGGGUUUACUACGGGAGGGCAGGGGAGGAAGCCCACGCUCAAACUAGGUCCGCGUGUUCCCGAAAGCACUCUAAUUACGCGUUUUUUGUGCCUCACAGCGUCUGCUGCCACCGCAAACACUACUACGUCGUUGGUGAAGAGCCUGGAACGCCUCUUGGACUCGUGCCUCUACUGGUACGGCCGACUCGGCUCCAACUACCGUCCUGAAACGGACGGCAAAGUUAUGGCCAAGUACAGCCGCCUCACCACCCACACCUCGGCUGACCUAGCCAACUUCUUCCGCGACAUCACCAUGCGUCAGGUCUUCGAACUCCUCGCAAACCUCGCCUGGUCUGCCGAAACUCUGAACUCGUUCUGCAAGGUGAAGCUGCUCGCGCCCUUUGCGAAUCUCGACGCGCAGUCCCUCGCCAAGACCCCCAGAGGACACCACUUGCAACGCCUCUGGCUGCGUUUCAUCACUAAUUUAACAUUCACCCACGAGGGACAGAGUCUACUGCUGGCAACAACCGGUGUCGUCGACGUGGUCGUAGACCACGUGAAGUUCUGCAAGGGCGAGAAUCAGCACCUGGCGUUUACCUGCCUGCAGAAUCUCUGCGGAAAUCCCCUCUUUAAAACGCAUCUCUACAAAAAAAGCACCGGAGUGGUUGGCAUCUUGGCGAGUGCCCUCGACCCCAAACCCUCCGACUCCCCCGAACUCUACGUGCAAGCGCUGACGGCUGUGUCCAACGCCGCCUACAACUGCAGCAAGUUUCGCGUCCUGCUCAAAUCCGAAGGCUUUGUGCAUCGACUGACAAACUUGAAGGCCUACUGCCAGGAGACCAAAAGUUUGACACCUCUGAUCCCAUCUGUGGAACUCCUUCUUCAGGCAAUGCUGCAGUGA